AUGUCGUUGCUGUUCAAAUACCUUCGCGUUCACCAGGUCUUCGGUGCGAAUACUAAUGUCGGAAAGACGAUCCUGACCUCUGCCCUCGUUCGGGCCUCUGCUGCGAAGGGAAACACAGUCUACUACCUGAAGCCGGUGAGCACCGGGCCUAUGGAAGAUGCCGACGAUGAACAUGUCCAGCGCUUCUCUGGAGCCCACGCAGACACUGUACACAGCAGAUGUCUUUUCCGCUUUGAUGAUCCAGUGAGUCCGCACUUGGCGGCCCGCCGUGCAGGUAAGAGUGGGGUAGAGGAGGUCUCCGUUCCAUCGGACGACAUUUUCGCGAAGGCCGUGGCAAGCCAUAUCAGAGAUUGCGCUUCUCAGGAUGCCCAUCCGGCGCACAUGUACGUCGAGACGGCAGGAGGUGUACAUAGCCCUACCUUGUCGGGUACGACCCAACUAGAUAGCUAUCGUCCACUCUUCCUGCCGGUCGUCUUGGUCGGUGAUUCCAAGCUAGGAGGCAUCUCUUCUACGAUAUCAUCCUACGAGUCUCUACUCCUCCGUGGCUACAUUGUUGACUCAAUCAUGCUCUUCCGCGACGAGUACUACCGCAACUGGGAGUACUUGGUUCCCUACUUCGCUGAACGCGGCGUACAUGUUAUAGCUGUGGAUGCCCCACCAGAGCGUCCUGCCAGUGCCGACGAGAACUUCCGUGUGACGGAGAAGUACUAUCAGGAAAUUGUUCCGCCGUCACUUCAGGGCGAUAUCUUCGAGGCUCUGCGUCACCUCGAUGAAUGCCACUCGCGGAGGCUCACAGAAAUCGACUCGAUGCCGCAAAGGUCCCUCGACGCAAUCUGGUGGCCGUUUGUGCAGCACGGCCUCGUCAAAGGAGAGAAGGACGUCAACGUCAUCGACAGCGCGUGGGGCGACUACUUCUCGGUGUACAACGCUCACCGCUCCUCCCAGCCUGCCACCGCUAGAUAUGAACCCCGGUCACUUUUGGAGUCACAGUUCGAUGGCUCUGCGUCCUGGUGGACGCAGGCAGUCGGCCACGCUCAUCCUACUCUGACCUUGGCGGCAGCCAAGGCGGCUGGGCGGUAUGGGCACGUUAUGUUCCCCCAGGCGACGCACCUGCCCGCGCUCAAGCUCGCUGAGCGCCUUAUCCGGCACGGUCCCGGCAAAGGUUGGGCUUCGCGCGCAUUCUUCUCCGACAAUGGCUCCACAGGUAUGGAAGUCGCUCUGAAGAUGGCGCUCCGCGCCUUCGCCCUCAGGCAGGGCGAGAAUCUCGACGGUAUGCAGAGGAAGAAGCUCGGUGUCUUGGGGCUCAAGGGCAGUUAUCAUGGAGACACAAUUGGCGCGAUGGACGCAUGUGAGGAGGGCGUAUAUACCUGUGAAUGGCACAAUGCGAAGGGAUACUGGCUCGAGCCGCCCACCGUCGCUGGGCGUAACGGACGUGUGGUCAUCUCGCUCCCGCCUGCCAUAGCCCAGGUCACAGAAUCUAACGAUACUGAAGUCUACACUGGCUCCUUCAGCUGGACAUACGAUGUGGGCGAGCGACUCAAAACACCGCUUGCGGACUUUUAUCGAAGGUACAUCGAGCGUACGCUCAGCAAGUAUUGGGAAGGAGGCGAUCACACACUCGCGGCACUCGUGCUAGAGCCCCUGGUCAUGGGCGCGGGAGGCAUGAUCUUCGUCGACCCGCUCUUCCAGCGCGUCCUCAUCGAUGUCAUCCGUGGUGUACCCACUGCUGCAUCGUCGCAGCCUUCCUUGCAAUGGUCUGGUCUUCCGGUCAUUUUCGACGAGGUCUUCGUUGGUCUGUAUCGUCUCGGUCUACGAAGCACCAUCCCCUUCCUUGGCGUGAAUCCCGAUAUCUCAGUGAACGCGAAGAUCCUGACAGGGGGCUCAAUGCCUCUCGCAGUCACACUCACGUCGGACGCGAUCUUCCAAGCGUUCAUCAGCGACAACAAGGUCGACGCCCUUCUUCAUGGACACAGCUAUACCGCAUAUCCCGCCGCAUGCGAGGUCGCAAACGAGACCCUGAAUAUCGUGGAGAAGAUGGCGUCUGGUAGUGAGUGGUCGGACGCGCGUGCGCGGUGGGGAUGCUCGGAUGCACCGGAAGCGCGCGAGAAAGGUGUGUGGAGUUUCUGGGACGCACAACUGGUCGACGCGCUGUCGCGGUUGGAUACUGUCACUGAGGCCAUGGCUUUGGGCACCCUACUUGUGAUCAAAAUCAAAGACGAAGCUGGAGGAUAUCAAUCCCACUCCGCAGAAAAUCUCUUGAACGCGCUGAGGCUCGCUGUGGACAGUGAGCAGAUCUCCGCUGCGCCGGGGGGCGCGCCGUUCGGCAUUAACUAUCGCACGUUGGGAGACGUUGCAUACUUCAUGCUUAGCCUAAAUUCCUCGGCGGCGACCAUUCGCUCUGUGGAGGACAGGAUCUGGCGGACGCUGAACGAAGGGUCUUCCGCAUCGUAG